AUGGCGACCACAUUGACUGAUGACAAACGUCCCCAAUUACAGCCCGUUUGCCAGAACUGCGGCACCUCGACCACGCCCCUGUGGCGUAGGGACGAACUCGGCUCUGUCCUGUGCAAUGCCUGCGGUCUGUUCCUCAAGCUGCACGGGCGGGCUCGUCCGAUAAGCCUGAAGACCGAUGUGAUCAAGAGUCGCAACCGCGUGAAGACUGGGCAGGGCCCGAAGCGCAAGAUAAGAAAUUUCCCCGAAGCUGACCAUCGCGAUCUAUCACAGUCUGGCGGCCCCGUAGACGCGAACGGUCUCACAGGACAAUCCGAUGCAGUCACACCUCCUCUUGGCUCCCAUGGCUACCGUCGCGCGUCGCGUAAGAUGUCCUCGGGCCAUUCGGAUCGCUCGAAUUCCCCCUUGUCGCGAACGGAGACGCCUGGGUUUGCCGCUAUGCAGGGCCACAACUCCAACAUCGCGCCACAGCACAUGUUUGAUAGUGUCACUCGAGGCGACGGCACGUUGAACUCGUCCGGCGGUCUUCCUUCCCUCCCACUUCGGCAACCUUCUCCCUCAGCUGUUGAUCGCCAGCUUGGGGAAUCACCCCAAACAUACGAGAGCCUUUUGGCUCUCAAUACCUCACUCAAGACACGUGUUAGCGAACUCGACUUGAUCAAUGAGCUAUUCCGUGGUCGCGUCGCGGAGCUUGAACAGAGCGACGCUAGUGCACGCCGAUCUGAGAUGAUCGCCCGCGACUCGGAAGCUCGCCUGCGCCGGUCCCUCGAUGAGUCCCAGCGUCGCGAAGAAAACCUCAAGCGACGCGUCGAAGAACUCGAGCACCAUAUCACUACCGGCGGUGCCGGUGACGGUGACAGCUCAGAGCCUCAUGCCAAGCGUAUUCGACUGGCGGACAUGGUAGAACAGUCUCCGGAACAAUCGCCCUCGCAAGUUAAAUCGGAGUAA